AUGCCCAUUAUAUCUCCGUCAAAUACCCCAUCAAUUUUAAAUACCACUGAUUUAUCACCUCCCCAAAUAUCACAAGAAUUGAGAAAUCAAUUACCAUUACCUGAUAAUUUACCUAUUGUCAAUUGUUUAGCACGAGCUAGAAUCCCUACUACUCAAGGUCCCGAAAUCUUUUUACAUCUUUAUCAAAAUAAUAUAGAUAAUAAAGAACAUUUAGCUAUUGUAUUUGGAGAAGAUGUAAGAUCAAAAACAUUAUAUAAAGUGAGACCUAAUGAUACUCAACAAGAUCGUAUGACUAGAGGAGCCUAUAUUGGUAAAUUACAUCCUGGUAGAUUAUUAGCUGAUAAAGAUGAAAAAUUAAAUCUUGAAUUAAAAUUUAAUGAAGAAGGGGAUUUAAUAAGAGAAUCAAAUACUACAUAUAAUGGAGAUCCUAUACUUGUUCGUAUUCAUAGUGAAUGUUAUACUGGAGAAACGGCAUGGUCUGCUCGAUGUGAUUGUGGAGAACAAUUUGAUGAAGCAGGUAGAUUAAUGGGAUUACAAGGUCAUGGAUGUAUGGUAUAUUUAAGACAAGAAGGUAGAGGAAUUGGAUUAGGAGAAAAAUUAAAAGCAUAUAAUUUACAAGAUUUAGGAGCUGAUACUGUUCAAGCUAAUUUAUUAUUAAGACAUCCUGCUGAUGCUCGUGAUUUUUCAUUAGCUACGGCAAUCUUAUAUGAUUUAGGAUUAGAAGAUAUUAAAUUAUUAACCAAUAAUCCUGAUAAAAUCAUAGCGGUUGAAGGUAAGAAUAGAUUAGUUAAAGUUAAAGAAAGAGUUCCAAUGAUUCCAUUAGCUUGGAAAUCAAAUAAUGGAGGGAUAAAAUCAAAAGAAAUUGAAGGUUAUUUAAGUACAAAGAUUGAAAGAAUGGGUCAUUUAUUGGAAAAACCAAUUAAAAUUAAUUAA